CGACAAUAUUCUGUUCUGUGAAAUUUAUUAAAAUGAUGACGAAAAAUGCACUUCCUGCAAUUUUACUAGCAUUCCUGCUGGUCCUCGUACAGGGUGAACCCACUAAAGAAGAUUUCGAUUCGGCUGAUAAAAUAUGUUCGGAACUGCAUAAUAUUAGCAAAGACGAGGUUGCAGAGUUAAUGAAGCAGGGUUUUCUAAAUAAUACGGAUAAAGUUGAUAAGAAGUUCAAAUGUUAUUUAUACUGUCUAGCUGGGGAAUUGGGGGCACUUGGCUCCGAUGGUUAUUUGGAUGUGGAAGAAUUGACUAAGUCAGAAGAUGUGAAGCCGGCCCAGCUUCUUGCUAUCACGCAUUGCAAAGAUGAGCACGAUGGAGAGGAAGACACCUGCGAGUAUGCUUUCAAUAUAUCUGUUUGCAUAUUAAAGAAUCUUAAUGAAAGCAAGUGAGAAAUUUAAAUAUGUUAUAUUGCAAAUCUGUAUUGUCAAACGGAAAUAAUAUUAACAAUAAUAAAGUUAAUCUGUAUUCUCGCAUA